CAGGAAGUAAAGAAAACAGACCGGAUGCUAACCGACCAUACUAAGCAGCUGCCGCCAUUCUAGGAUACCUUUUUUUCCUGAUAGGGUUAGAUAUGGAUUCCAAAUCAAUUAAAUCUAAACCCAAAAAGUUAAUGCGCGGAGUCUGUCGACUAUGUGGAGACGACUUCAGUUCGCUUAAAGACCGCUGUGACUUAGUCCCCAGUACCGGUAAGCCAUUGUUCACUCUAGCACUUGAAGACAUUACGGGACCUGUAUCUUCAGAAGACGACCUCACGGCUGUGUGUGUCCGCUGUAAACAACAUCUCACUCGUUAUUACAAACACAAAACUGAUGUGGAAAGGCGGGGAACUGCCAUUAGGGACAUGGCAGCAAAAAGUGUGUUCACCAAAAAAAAAAGAGGUGCCACAGCGACGGAUAUAGCGCCCAAGCCGCCGCGCAAAAAAACAAAGUAUUCAACAAGACGUGGGGGUGCUCAGAGGCAAGUCGCUGCAACACUGAGCAUUGCAGCUCCAGGGUGCCCUGGCGCAACGACUACCCAGAAGUCUACCCUAAUGGAUACUGACCAAUCGAAGGCCAUACGUUCACCCCCGAAACCGCUUCCUGUCCUUUGGUCUCUGAGGGACGUUAAGGCUGCCGUAGGGAAGGUUUCUCAGAAGGAUGCUGAUGGUGCCUCCAAGGCAACAUCCACCAACGUGCCAGGGGACCAACCCGCCACGGUGUCUCUGUUGACAGCGCCUCCAGAGUCCUCCAUCAGCUCUCCUUCUGCACAGCCUGUCCAGAAGCAACUGGUGACACAGAAGGAUGCGGAUGGUGUCUCUAUGGCAACGUCCACCGCCGCGCCCCCGUUCUCAUCAAACACUGUAUAUCUUGCGAACGCACUUCCAGAGCCACCCCUAAGCGCAGCGUCUGUCCAGGAUAAUGUUGACGGAACUAAGGCCACAGUGUCCACACCCAAAAAGCUUCCAGUCCUCUGGUCUCUGAGGGAUGUUCAGGCUGCAGUAGGAAAGGUGUUGCAGAAGGACGCUGGUGGUGUUUCCCCAGCAACAUCCAUCGCUGAGCCAGGGACCUUGCCUGCUGGCGUGUCUCUGUUGACAGCCUCUCCAGUGUCCUCCCUAAGCGCACCUUCUACACAAUCUGUCCAGGAGGACACGGUUGGCACCACGGCCAGGGAGUUCUCCGUGCAUCCGCCACCUAAAAUACACGAUACCGGCACAGGUCAACGGUCAACCGCCAGGAUCAUCGUGACUACUCCCAAAUGGAAGCAUUCACGAAUCAUCACCGGGCCGCUUGAAAGGGUAGCAGACGCCCUAGUCCGGGCCGAGCACUACAGACUUCCCAGGUGUCUCAUGAAGAUCCCCGGCAUGGAUAACAUCAUGAUCGACGAGGUGUUGAAACGGGUGAAAGACGAAGCCAUAAAGCUAACGAGCGUCCGGUUUGGAUCGGUGCUGCGGCAAACCACCCAGGACGCGUUGGACAAGUUUGAUCUGAGCGACGUCGUGUCGGAGUGGAAAGCAAACGCACCCACCUUCCUGAAGUUCCUGGAGUGCGUCAGUUCAGCGUCUUUCGACGGACUCCCUUCCUCAGAGUCCUCGUACACCAAGACCAAAAAGGGUGCGACGGUGAUGGGCGGAGCCACCCUUCUCCGCGCGCGCGUCCACCAGAUGAACGCCAUGCAGCACCGCAACUCGCUGCUCCUGCGCCAGGGAGGAACGAACAAACGCUGCCUGGCGAGGCUCUCGAGGCUGGGCUGUUGCGUUUCCUCAAAGAGGAAGAUGGCUACGAAGAAAACCAAUGUCAUCCACACCGUCAAUCACAUCGGAGAAGGACAAGAAUCGGAAGUGGUUCUGCACGAGCAAAGCCUGGCCGGGGAGCAGGAACAUUCUGCCGACGGGCCACAGCCAGGUGUCCAGGAACACCCACCAAGUGAGGCAACGUCUCUGGAGGCUCUGCUGGGGCUUGAGGAGAGUGGAGGCGACCAGGAACAUACUGGUCCACAGCAAGGGGUCCAGGAGCUGUCCGCCAGCGAGGUCACCUCCCUGGAGGCUCUGCUGGGGCUCGAGGAGGGAGGCGGGGACCAGGAACAUUCUGCCGCCGGUCCACAGCCAGGUGUCCAGGAACUCCCACCAAGUGAGGCAACGUCUCUGGAGGCUCUGCUGGGACUGGAGGAGGGCGGAGGGGACCAGACCACUGUGCCCUCAUCAGUCGACGAACAGGUGCAUAAGAAGACCACGACAGACUAGGAGGACAACGGUUCAUGCCUACCCCUAUGUUUUGUCAUUGUCAAGUAUUGAAAAUACUGGUACAGGAUAUCGAUUUACACUUAUUGAAUUAAAAGGGUAGUUAUUUAAAGUAGUAUUGAGGAUUGUUAACUAUUAAUAAUAAUAUAAAUGUAUAAAUGUUUAAAUAAAAACAUGACAAUGAAAUCCAAUCAAUUAUUGACAUAUAGAGGUGACUAUAAUUGACGACUUCCUCUAAUAGUCGAGUCUUCUGUCGGGAAGUUGGUGCGUAACAGCGACAUAUUUGAAGGAUGGGGUUGCUUAAUGAGUGAUCCCACAGCGUUGCUUGUCUUCUAGCAUAAAGCAGAGUUAUGCAAUGUUUUUUUGUUGGUAUUUGACCCAUUUUUCUGUGGGCGAUUUGCUUUCAAUAAAUGAAAUGAAAGGU